AUGUAUUACCAUCAAAGGAAGGAAAAUGAAGAUCAUCGACCCUACAUUAGCAAGGAGAGGAUAGCACAGGUGGACACCCACCAAAACCAACCAAUCUCCAAGGAGACCCAAAGGAAGAGAAGAACCACAUCAAGGGACUCCUAUUCAGAGGAAGGAAACAGCCAAUACAACCUCUCACACCACCAUUCCCAAGUACCCUAUUUUGAACAAUUUUUUAGGAGACUUUUCUCCCCCCAAAUGGGCAUGGCAAGAGAGGAGAGACCUAAAUCUGUCUCCAGUCAAAAGAAAAAGAAUAAGAAGAGAACAAGAAGAUGA